CGUCUCUCGGUCGACGGCAUCGAGUCGCAGUUUGCGACCAACCACGUCGGCGUCAUGGCGCUCACGCUUGGGCUGCUUCCGCUUUUGGAAGCCGCGCCGGUCGCCAAGAUCGUCUGCGUGAGCUCGGCGGCUCACCAGAUGGCGCCAAAGGUGGGCAUCAACUUUGACCACAUCAACGAUGAGACCGUGUACAACAAGCACACGGCGUACGGUCAAUCCAAGCUGGCGACGAUCCUCUUUGCGCGGGAGCUGCACAAGCGGCUGCGGGCGCGGGGUGUCAACCACGUGUACGUCAACGCGCUGCACCCGGGUGUCGUCCAGACCGAGCUCUUCCGCGAGUAUUCGUGGAUCGUGCAAAAGGUCAUUUGGUUCUUCCAGCGCACUGCCGACGACGGAGCGAAAACGCAACUCUACUGCGCGGCGAGCCCCGAGAUUGAGACGAAGAACGUCUCGGCCAAAUACUUUACGCCGAUCGCGAAACUCAACGAGACCACCGCGCUCGGCCAAGACAUGGACCUCGCGGCCAAGCUCUGGACGUAUACUAAAGAAUUGAUCGCGUCCAAAACCCCCGACAACUAGACAUCUUCAUCGUAAUUGUUAAUAGUAUUGUUUUAUCAUGUCUGGGGAAUGC